UGAGAUGGAGGUAUGGGGGAUAUAAGUGGCUGAGGUAAGGAACUAAAGAACACGGGUAUAAGUUAUCAGCAAAUGCAUAUCCAUCAUUAUCCCAAAAGUCUGCUGGUAUUCCAUAAACUCUGGCAGGUCGAUGGGCAAUGAAACGAAGCCUAUUCCACACCUCGACAACCAGUGCCAAAGGCAAGAACUAUGGCGUGUCGUUUUCCUUGAACUGCACGAUAUAUAAUAUACAGUCAGGGGCCGCAUGGUCGUCGAAUGCGUAUGUGCACGAGCCGCAAGAGAGAGCAAGGACCAAGGCAAGCAUCAUUACGAUCAGCCUAGUGCAAAGCGCAGCGUGCUCGAUUCCCUCUGUACAUCUUCAAUAGCAGGU